AUGAUUUCUUUGUCGUGUGUAUGCUCAAAUGUGACAGUCACAUUGAAGCAGAAACAAAUUGUCACUCCACAGAUCAAAUGGCUGAAUCCAAUGACGGGAAUGGGAAAGCUUGCAUUUAAAUACAACUCAAUGACACACUCGACCCAAAUCAGCAAGUGGUCAUUGGUAAGGUGCAACUGUUGUGGGACUGACUGUGCACUGAUCAGCGAUGGCGAGGUCAUCGUCAACCCGAUCAUGAAGGAGUCUGAAACCCUGAGAAAAAAUCUGACGUUUUCGAACUCGUUUAAUCUCUAUGUCGACCUCCAAGCAACGAAGUCCAAACCACAAACAGCUCAGAGCUCGUAUGUGGGGUCACUAUCACUGUCGGCUGUUAGAGACCCAACCGAGAAGGAAUUACUUGGAAUAAAACAAAAAAGAGUCGAACAACUCUUCCAAGAAAAAGAACGAAAAAUUAGGGAAUUUGUGAUGGAACAAGAAGAGUUGUACGAGAGCGAACGACGAAACGUCAACCUCGAGUUUGACGCCAUCAAAUCGAGGUUAGAGUCUGUUUCGACGGAGCCACCCAAAAUCACAAUGACGCCCAAUACGUUACCAAAGAGUAAGAGUGGGGGCGACAUUUUUGACAUGGACGAGGACUUUGACAUCGACGAGGACACAAAAGAAACCAACCCAACAAAUUCGGCAAUCCAGGAACAUACCUCACCACAAUUUGCGCGGGCAUGCCCCGUCGACUCAAAACGAGCAACACAACAUAUGUCGCCAAUACAGUCACCGUACGAGAGUCCCACAGGUGUUUUCACAUCCAACGCCCAACACAUCAAACAAAGCCAGCACGUCAAAAUUAAAGACGAUUUCCCAUCAACAUUUAAGGAGUACACAAUCAGUUCGUUGACGAGGACAGAGACACUGCCCGUUUCAAGCUCGUUUAUCGGGGCGAAAUACCAAUUCUGA